AUGGCUUUCGCUGCGUCUACCGAUCCGCCCAGAGACCGAGCCGUAUCCUCUGAACCUUGCACGACCCGCCCUAAUCCCUUCGACGACGGUGACCUCGCUUCCCGAAAACGCCGCCGCACCUCGCUGAACAGCGACUCGCGGAGCGUCUCCGUCGAGACCCUCGACACCUUUCCAAGUCCGCCUGCCACCGGCAAGCUGGUCGCUGCCGAGUUCAGGCCCUCCUUGGCCAUGAAGGUCGAUUCUGAAACUACCAUUCCUGCCACUCCCAAAGAGCAGAAGCAGUCCGCUCAGCAGGACACCGCUCAACAAGAACCCCAACCUGCUCCCUGCGCGCGACCUUCCGACUCUGAUCCUCAGCAGAAGGCCUCGGCGCAACUCCCCAAAAGCGCCAUCUCGUUGCCUCCAUCACCGUCUCCCGAAACAGCCGUCCCGCCUGCUGCGUCGACAACGACAACCGAUGUGGCUCAAAUCGUUAUGGAAGGCCAAAAGGCUGUCGUGCCGGCUGAGACUCCGGUAGUCGAUGCUUCUGCUCAAACAACUGGUGCUCAAUUAGGGUCUGAGAGCGCAAGCCCCCCUGUCGAGGUUGUUUCUGUUAACACGACGGACGACGACGACGAUGGCGAUGGCUUCGAGACUGAUGAAUCGGUCACCCUGUUGGAUGGGGUGUCAUUGAUCAAUGAUCCAUCUGCCGACUUCCCGUAUCAUGAACCCUCCGAAUCCCCUCUCGAAACAAUCAUCAGGCUAACAGCCUACAUUCCCACUCAUCCCCAAGUCGCACUCGGCUUUGCAGAAUGGAUCGAUAAGUACCUUGGCUAUGUCCAUGCCGUCUCAUUUCGUGCGGCCGCGGACUCCUAUCUCGUCCAUAAAGAGAUCUGGCAGUGUAUCCCGGAGUUGGUCAUCUUCCUGGUCAGCAGGAAAGCCCCGUACCCACGCAACCGGGACCUGCGGCAGGCUAUCUUCUCGUUCUACCGCGCCUUCGCCAAGCUGGCUGCCCAUUUCGUCCAGUUCGACGUUCGACUCCUGCGCUCUGCCUCAGUUCCGGAGCAGCAGCGUAUUCAGUAUCUCGCUUCGCAGCAAUACGUCCAGGCGCUUGCAAUGCUCAGCACGCGCGAAGAGAUCGCGCUUCAUGCUUCUACUCCUGCCAGUGCGGAACGAGACUGGAGCUACUCCGCUGAGGUGACAGUCAUCCUUGAUCUGUUUCAGCGCCAUUCUGAAGUUCAAGGGGGCUCGCUUGCCGCGGUUCGAGAGCUCGCGCAACUCCAAUGUGAAUAUGCAUCCCAGUACCCCAGGCUCACUGAUCACAUUGGCAGCUUGUGUCUGCUCAUGGCGAACAUGCUGAGGAUGUUUGCUCACAACCAGGCACUGCCCGACCGAGUGACUAUCCUGUCACGCUGUUACACCCUUUUCAGGACGGUCUCUGCUAUGGUUGGCAACAUCAUCGAGAAGAACCUCAAUCAUCUCACCCAAGAGGGCGCUGCGAAUAUUCUCAAUUCGCUUGCUGAAAUUUACGAGCUCUGCCUCUCCGUUGGCGGUGUUGUCCCUGCCGAGAUUCUCAAGGAGUACCGCCAGGUCCAGCCGCCGAUACCCGUGUAUCACGCUGCUGAGGCGAUCGCCCAUCACUGGAAAUUUACACACUUCGUAAGACUUAUCAAAUCGGGCCAGAUGCAGCUGCGUGUCAUGGCUGUCAGCAAUAUGUGCAACGAUCUGAUCACCAUCUACAACAAGUACCAGGAGACGUUUGGCGAUGAGGCCACUGAUGCUUAUACUCACUUCAUUGCCAACUUCCUUAUCGAGACGGGGUUGGUUAAUUACAUUCUGGGCCCGACAUGCCAUCCCGAGAUCACGAUCGAGAGCAGCAAUAUCAUAGGAUUCUUGCUGGUUUCGAAUACAUAUACCAAGGAGCAUACGGAUGCCCUCUGGCAGACGGUUACUACGACCCAAGAUCCCAGAGUCUCUGACGCGCUGAUGCGCAUGACGAGUCGCAUCACGCAGCUCUACUCGCGCGACGGUUUGCUCUAUCUGUGCGACAAGCUCAACACGGUUCCUGUCGAGUCCUUUGGCCCCACGAUGCGCGAGUUUUGCGAUGCAGUCAUUCGCACUAUCAUCAGUAGGAACCCUGACUGUUUGGUUUCCGACGCUCGCCCCUUCAACCUGUUCAUCCGGCUCGUGCGCCAGGCGUCCGUCUUUGGAGCGCAGUCACCUGUCGCAUAUCCCGAGGUUCAGCAGUUCGCUAUCCACAAGCUUGACAGCCUCAUGAACCAUGGUCCCGGUCUGGAGGGCAGAUGGACUAUCUACGCCGACUGCCUUGCGGACAUCGAGAAGAAGUCGCCGACGACAAUGGGCAGUUUGUGGGUUUUGAAACUGGCCACACGCAACUACCAUGGCCAGGACCUGCACGACCUGAUCACUACGCACGACCUCACUCGUCUCCUCAUUGACGAGUUUGAAUCCGCGAUUGCUGUGGCGAAGAACACAAACUUUCCGGCUGUCCUGAGCGGUGGUCAGAAUGUCCCUCGAAGAGACCUGCUUUCGAUCUUGAUUCACCAGGAGGCACAUGCCAUGCCUCAAGGCCAGGCUCAUCCUAUUGCUGGCGAGCACGGGUUGAGACUCUGGAACAUGUUGGUGGGCUCCAAGGCGGCUUGCAAGGAGGAUAGAGAUGCGGCAUGGCAGAUGCUGAACAGCGCCAUGAAGCAGAGCCAUGGCAGGAACCCGUUCACCGCGACGUGCUUUUCGGAGUACCUGCCGAACCUUGAGCCGGAGUUCUUUUGCCAAGGCACUCUCGAGUUCGUCUGCGAAGCCGUGCUGCCUCUGGUCAAUGAUCCGACAAGCAUCAUUCUCGACGAUGAGGACAACCCGCAUCAUCCUAUGCUCGAGCUGCUGUGGCGUAUGGCUCUGGCCGCUCCGACCGGCACAAUUGAGGCCAAGGCCAUCCAUACCCUCGUCAACGAUGUCUACAUAGAGAGUCGGUCGAUUCAUUCUUUCCCCCACUACCGCGCACGUAAGGUGCACCUGGCACUCGUGGAGCGCUGCGUGCGUCAGCUGUCAUCGGCAGCGGCUCGCCUCAGGGCCUUUGCUGAAGGUGCCGUCAGCAGCGGUGAAGGCGAUAACAUGGUCAUCGUCCCCAGUGAGCAGCAGCUCCGUGAGCAAGAGCUGCUCUUCAUCAGAUCCCUGGCGAUUCUUCGCGAGUUCCACCGACUCCAUCAAGGCAAGCCGCAGUUCUCUGUCCCUGACAUGCGGGCUCUGAUCCCCGAAACGCCUAAGGAUAUUGAGGGAGAGCCGGCAGGUCUUAAGUUCCAGUCUUUCGACGGCGAGAAGCACACGGAUGUCAUGCCGCUGAACAUCGGCAAACGCAACACGGCUGCAUCGUUGCUGGCUAGCCUACGCCAGGCUACCGGUUUUGAGAGUUAUCGGAUGUAUUACCGCGGUCGUCCCUUCGUCCCAUCGGAGAGCGAUAUCUGCAAGUCGCUCGAGGAUCUGCAGAUUCACAACGGGAUUAUUCUGGUGAAGAAGGAGCCUGCGCCGCCGACCCCGGCCAAGCCGCGGUCAGGUGCUUCGCCCAUUGAAGCAGAGAUACUGAGUCACUUCGAUGAGUUUUGGGAGUACCUGUCGAUGGAGGAGAGUUUGGCUCGCGAGAUCUACGGGUUCCUGAUCAAGCUACCGGUUGACGAGAAGGCGCUGGAGGUGAUUGAUGACCCUUCGCGCUCCUACCUCGAUUUGUUUCCCCUCGGCCAGCCGUUCAAGUCGCUUUAUGCGAUCUACGCGCUGCAGCAGUAUCUCAAGGCUCCACGGAAGUCGGGUGCUGUUGGCAACACCGAUCUUACGGCUAAUGAGACUGUGCAGUCUCGGGCGGAUGGCAUCAUUCGUGUCAUGUCUGUCCUGGUUCCGGCCAUCUCGGACCCCCAGGUCUGCGGCCUGUGCCCGACGCGCGAGCUGCAGAUUGAGCUUGGUUCUGCGAUGAUGAAGCUUCUGCUUUUGCUUGUCAAAGAUUCCGAUUUGCCUUCCUCCGCAACCCGGUUGCUUGAUGCGCCUCUUCUCAACCGCCUUGUCGACCUGCUCGCCGAGACUUUGACGGCCAGCAACACGAAUAACGCAACUCAGCACGUGAUGUUGUGCCUGCAGACCAUCCUCGAAUCGUGUCCCAUUAGUGCGGAGUUCGCGGAUGCCUUCUGCGCACAUCCCGACGUGCCGCGAUUGCUGGAGGAUCUCUUGCUGAACGAUCCCCGGGAUGUCGUGCGCAGGAGCACAGCAGUGUUUAUCCGGAAUGCGUGCAAGCUUGGCGAUGAAGAGCUCGCAGCUCCCGAUAUCCCGGCGGCCAAGUUCCGCAAUUUCUUCUGGCCCGUCGUCUCUCGCCUGGUCACGCCCGCGAUCUCCAAGCCAGAGAAGUCGACUGAGGUCUUGAACUUGUGCUUCGAUAUGCUCCAGGCGCUGCGGGCAUCUCAGUCGGAAGUGGUUCAGAUCAGACAGCUGGCCCAGGAGUGGUUCGCGUUGCUGAUGAAUUACACGACAUUUGAGGAUGCCACGAAGCCGGAGGUCGUGGAUGAAGUUGCCUUUGGGCUCAUUCGGAUCAUUCAUGACACAAUUCUUGCUGCUGAGACCCGCCAAGAGGUCCUCCCGCCACCGGGCGUUGCGCGCAAGAUCUUCUGGAAGCACCUUUUCCCACCACAGGCCGACUCCGAGGAGUAUGAUUCGUGCCGUCCGAUCGUCUCACAGCAGACACGCGCUAUGCUUCUUGACAUCGUCUUCUCCUCGGUCGAGCACGAUCACAGGCAAUACCUGUGGCUGCUUGAGGAUAUGGCCAGCCUCGUCCCCAUGUAUCCCAACCAGGACGAACUCUACUCCUAUGAACUGCCGCAGCAGUUUGAGCGGGAGAAGGCUCUCCGUGGCUCAUGCGGCUACCCUGGCCUGCGUAAUCUCUCCAACACUUGCUACUUCAACUCGCUGUUCACACAGCUCUUCAUGAAUGUCGACUUCCGGAGGUUUAUGCUUAGUGCGACAGUCCGGGAUCCUGAGGGCUCUCAGCAUCUGCUCUAUCAGACGCAGCGGCUCUUUGCUUACAUGCAGAACACGCUGCGUCGCUAUGUCAACCCAGAGGAAUGUAUCUCGAGCGUUAAGACGUACGACGACACCCAGAUUGAUCCCAAUAUACAGAUGGAUGUCGAUGAGUUUUACAACCUGCUCUGUGAUCGCUGGGAGGGACAGUUCGCAACGGGCGAGGAGAAGAGCCAGUUCCGGUCAAUCUAUGGCGGCCAGCUGGUGCAGCAGGUUCGCUCGCAGGAGUGCGAACACAUCUCUGAGAGACUCGAGCCGUUCUUGGCCAUCCAGUGUGACAUCAAGGGGAAGAGUACACUGGAGGAGAGUCUUCAGGCGUAUGUCGAUGGCGAGAUCAUGGAGGGCGACAAUAAGUACAAGUGCUCCACGUGCGACAAGCAUGUGGAUGCCGUAAAGCGUGUAUGCCUGAAGGACGUUCCCGAUCACCUUAUCUUCCACUUGAAGCGGUUCGAGUGGAACCUGCGCACCAUGACGCGCAGCAAAAUCAACGAUAUGUUUACUUUCCCGAACCGCAUCAACAUGCGUCCGUACACGAUUGAUCACCUAUCCUCGCCCGAUGAUGAUAAGGAAGAAGAUAUCUUUGAGCUCGUCGGCAUUUUGGUCCACUCCGGCACGGCCGAAUCCGGUCACUAUUACUCGUACAUUCGCGAGCGUCCGACGAACGGCAACGCCGAGACUUGGGUCGAGUUUAACGACGACGUCGUCACACCCUGGGAUCCGAGCAGUAUGGCAACCGCGUGCUUCGGCGGCCCUGAGUACAACGCGCAGUUCCAGCAGGGCAACACCGUCUACGACAAGCAGUACAGCGCGUACAUGCUGUUCUACCAACGCUCCUCGUCCCUUUCCAAGAGCCAGGAGCUGCUCCAGUCCACCGGUGCCCUGGCCCCGCUGACAGUCAGCGUCCCUCCUCACCUGCGCGACGUGAUCCGUGAGGAGAACAACUGGCUGCUCAGGAGGCACUGCCUGUUCGAUCCCACGCAGAUCCCAUUUGCGUGCGUCCUCUUGUUACACCUAAAGAACAUGGGUGGCCCGCAUGGCGGUUGUUCGGAGGACCAUCGGCUCGAGACUCAGGCGCUGCAUAUGGCUCUAGGUCAUCUUGAUCAAGUCGCUUCCAGGACCAAGGAGACUCCUGAUUUCCUGCGGCUUCUCGGGCAGAUUCGUAUCAUGGCACUGCAGUGUGCACGCUGCAGUCUGGCCGUCUUCCGCUUCUUCGUUGACUACCCCGAUGCUCUUCGCAUGCUAGUUCAACGAAAUGUUGACGCUGAAGUACGCCAGAACUCCGUCAGUUUCAUAAUCCAGGUGCUGCAGACAAUCAAGAAGCUUGCGCCGAGGCAAUACAUCGGCGCUGAAGGCAUGGAAGAGGAAAGUUCGGUUAUUUCUGGCAUGAUCGGCAUCCUUGAGCAGCUGUUUGGAUGCUUCCAGGUCAAUCUCCGGUCUUGGAACGAGGUGUUUGACCUUAUGCUGGAAUUUGUCAAGCUCGGACCCGAUGAGCUGGCUGCGUUCCUUGAACAUCCUUUGUUUUUGAGGUCGCUGCUGCUGAUUGUGGUUGCUGACGGCCUGGAGGGCCCGCUGCCUGCGCAGUUCUUGAAAAUGCUCAACAACAUCUCUCGUCGCCCGCCGGCGCGUCCUCCUGCCUAUGAGAGCAUAUUGUCAUUGCUAGACGUGCUGCUGUCGAGAAUUCGGCUCUUAUACACCGACUCCGGCUACCCCAUUGGCGCGGCUAACACCCGUGAACGCGUGCUCAAGAACCCGGACUUUGCAAACCACCCGUUUGAUGUGACCAAAGGCGAGACCGAUAUCCUUCAUAUGGCUUCGCGCUCUCAGCCCGUCAAUAUCUUUGUCGACAGGCUCAUCGCCAUCAAUCAAAACCACGAGGCCACUGACAGCAUUCUGGCCAACCUCAUUCGCCAGUCGCCCCGGAUGGAAGACAUGAUCAUGCGCACCCUUGCCACCCGAAGCGUCGGCCACAUCGCCCAGCUUAACGUUACCCCCUACCUGCGCGUCGCCGGGUCGGUGUUCUUAAGAGAAGCUCAGAACGCAUCCCGGGUCACAACCCUCAUGCAACAAGUCUCGCGCGAGUGUUGGUUCCUGCAAAACGCGGAAGGUAAGGCCUUUUUGGAUUUUGUCCGCGACACGUUUGAGGGACCAAGGCCUCGCUGCAAGCAGGGCGUCGAACAGGUGUAUUCGCUAGCGCUCGAGUUUGUCCCGCAGUGGGCUCCCGGUCUGCUGGGGUACUUUGAUAUGGACGUCGUUGAAGAGACGGAACAACUCUUGCAAGAAAAGAUUUUCCAGUACCGGACGUUCAGGCCACAGCCGCCUCCUUCCAAAGAAGAGGAAGAAGGCGCUCAGGAUCAAGCCCAGCCGCAGGACGAGAUCGUGCGGUUGCUGGGUGACAAGAUGAGACUUACGGCACGGAGCCUCGGGUUCAGGUGCUUGCUCUACCUGAGGGAUAACUACGUGCAAAAGAACGCUGAGGUCACGGAGCGCGCGGUCGCGGGCCUGCAGAGGACCAUCAAGCAUUGCAGCCGGUAUUUCAAUCUCAAGGAGCCGGGCGAGGACCCGGAUGCGCAAAAAUUCAUGGAGACGAAUAACAGCAUUCAAGAAGCGCUGACCAAACUCUUGGUGGUUGACGACCUCGAAGAGGAGGACGCUUCCGGAGUCGGUGUUGACGGCGCUGCCGCGCUCGAUCAUCUGCAGUUGGUUGGCGACUUGGGCGUCAACAUGGCCGUUGUGACAGAGUUGCAUGGGGAGGAGAUCUAG